CAGUUCUCCGCGGAACGACCGACCGGACGGGGCGUGUUCAGGUGUGACGUGUAAGUGGAAAGGUGUGACGAGACGGGUUCACUCAGUGUGACGGUGUGAUGUAUUUUCAUAGUGACGUUAUGAUGACAUGUGAUGUGAUCACUGUCCAGCAUUUACUGCAACACUUGGCAGAGUGACGAUUAAAGAAGUCACGAAGCAGUAAGUGCCAAACAAGUGUCUACUUCACAGUUGACUUUAAUGGGACGGUAAACAGGUCAACCCAGUACACGCUCAAGCUUUCUCGUCUUUUGGAAGUAAGUUCGAGUGUGUACAGACGCAGACUAAGCAAUGCUAGCAGAACCCAUGGCCAGAAGUACCGAAUGUAGGCAACGGACCAUCAAAAAGCGCCAGUAGCUGGUGGAUAGCGCUUGGUGUGAAAGGGAGCUCUGCAGAGAGUCGGGUGUAAAUCUUCAAGAAGCUGAGAGUCGCCUGAAGUCAGACUAGGCCAUUGCCGAAUAUUACCGCAAGUCGCCAGGAACCAGUGAAGGCGGACAGAGGUCAAACGCAGCGAUGAGGCGCGUUAAACCGAAGCCGGGGCACGCCAGAGUCGAUGUAUGACCGUCUCGGAUCCCCACUCGCAUACACUGGCGCUGCUCCGUCGGCGCUGCGCGAUGGUGGCGCCAUGCGCCGGCGGCGGCGGAAAGCGAAGACGCGCGCUGCUGCUCCUAGUCAGCGCCACUGUCGCGCUUCUACUCUUCUACGCCUUCUACCCCGCCUCUCAAGACCUCACACACGUGUUCUACCCGACUGCAGACCCAGACCAGCUCUCUGAUCUCUACUACAGCUGGGAGACCCACACCCCUCACGGUCUCCCCGCUCCGCCGCGUUACCCAGUCUGGAUCCAGGCCACUCCUCUUCCUCCCAUCACCCCUGACCGAACCAUCUUCCUCCUGGAAACCUCGGGCCGAUCCGAGAUCCGGCCCCGCGAGUGGUGUGCCGUCGAAUCGGCCGCUCGCGCCCACCCGGGCUACACAGUCCUCUUCCUGACAGCCACAGCACGGGUGAGGCGGACUGCCCUGGCCGCAGCGGUCCUGGCGUUCAACAACACACGGCUGGCGCAGCUCGACUUCGCCGAGGUUUUCGAAGGAACGUUGCUCGAGGAGUGGUACCGGUCGCGGGCGGUGCUCCGCUCCUGGUGGCAGGCGUCUCAUAUGAGCGACGCACUGCGGUUCGCGCUGCUGACCAAAUACGGCGGCAUCUAUCUGGAUACGGACGUCAUCGUACGCCGCUCCAUGGCAGAUAUGGACGACGGCGCCGGCCUGGAGUCGGAGCACAGUGUGGCCGCGGGGGUGCUGAAAUUCGCCCGCCGCUCGGCACUGCCCGGCCUGCUCGCGGCUCGGUUCGUCGAGCAGUAUGACCCCGGGGACUGGGGUGCCAAUGGACCCGGGGUAGUGACUGCCGUGUUGCUCCAGCGGUGUGGGAUAGGAGGACUGCCGCUGCCGCCCUCGCACUGCGGCGACUUCACCAUAUUCGGCAGUCGCCGUUUCUACGGCGUGCCGUGGCCCGAGUGGCGGCUGCUGCUCACCCCCGCCCAGCGGGACACGGUCCUAGAGCGGGUCGAUGCCUCGUACGUGGUGCACACGUGGGGGCUGCACAUAUCGGGCCACUCGGCACCUCCCGGAUCGGCGCUGUACCAACUGGCUGAGCAGCACUGUCCGCUGGCGCUGGCUGCCAGCGGGAGCAGGUUCUGAUGGAGAGCGCUGACAGCUGGCAACAGGUUCUGAUGGACAGCGGAUUGUCAUUGGAAGCAGGUUUUGAUGAAGAGUGCUGUCAGUGGCAGCAGCACAGACUGUCCGCUGGCGCUGGCUGCCAGUGGGAGCAGGUUCUAAUGGAGAGCGGACUGUCAAAGGCAGCAGGUUCUGAUGGAGAGCACCGCCAGUAGCAGCAGGCUAUGAUGGAGUGUCAGUGACAGCAUCUUCUAAUGGACAGCACUGUCAGUGACAGCAUCUUCUAACGGACAGCACGGUCAGUGGCAGCAGGUUCUAACGGACAGCACUGUUCUCCGACUGCCAGAGGCAGCAGGUUCUGAACAAGAUGAAGCCAGCUGCCGCGGCGGCGAGGGGAAGAGCCCUUGAUUGACAACAGAUGCUGCCAGACCCAAUAUAACCUCACUGACAGUGACCGAGGACAAAUUCAGCGGCAGGAUUCUGACGAGCAGUGAGAGUGGUUCAUGGUGAGGAGAGGAGGACCCAGUGGUGCAGUGUGGUGCCGCUGGUGAUGCGCUGUGGUGCCACGGAAGGUGGUGACCCUGAACCGCGGACAGUCACGGAGGUGUCAGUGAGGAACCGUUUAAAUGGUGAUAGUGUGACCAUAAGCUGUCUCAAGUGAACGAAACAGGGUAGUGAUGGGUCAAUACCACAGGAUGAUACAGGGUAGACGAAAAGACGCCAAUGGUGAUGACGCAAUGAGAAGAAUGUCAGCUUUGGUGAAGUAGUGAGGUCUGGUCUCACAGUGAUAACUGAGGAAUGGGGCAAAGUGAGAAGUGAAUUCCUGGUGCAUAUUGCUUUGUAGUUAAGUGGAAUGGGGAGUAAACGCCAGUGACUAUGUGUCAGCUAGUUCCAACAGGGAUUCUCUAAGAGCGUAUGAGCGAGCCAGGAGAUGCUACCGCAAUGAGGCGUCCCACCAGCCGCGAAUAUACUCAGGUAUGUACCAGUGUCUCCUCACUAGACUGGCUCUCAGGGCCGGGACAGACUGUCACAACUCACACCCACUGUCGUAUAUGCUACACCCGAAGUGGUCCAGCCGUUGUCGGCAUGGUUUGGUCAUCCGAUAUGUGCGUGCCAUUGCAGUGAGAUGAAGUUACCAGUGCUCUGGUAGCUGACGAUUACGACUUACAGCAUCAGUGAGUGGAUGCAUGGCGCAAUAAUGAAGGAAUGGAUGGAUUAACAAACGAAUGAAGGAUGGAUGAGCCACAGACCUCUGUAAACUCGGUGUACAGAACUACAGACUACAGAGGUCUAUGGAUGAACCAAUGAAUGAAGAAUGAAUGAAUGAGCUAAUACAUGUGAAUCUCUGUGAAUUGACA